CCGUUGGUCCCUUGCUUUUUCUUAUUUCUUCUUCUUUUCUUUUUAUAUCUUCGUCAUCAAUAUACCCUCAGCCCUCAUAUCCUCACUGUUCGCCUUCUCUUGACCUCCUCAACAAGCACAACCAAACAACAAUGCUGGACACGUAAACACUACUUAUCGCUAUCUAAGAGAGGGGCGCCGAGACAAUGUCCAAUUAGAUGUAGCUGCUUUCGCUACGUGUCCGUGCUGCUUUCCCUGCGCUACACCGUUCCCUCUUGGCAAGGGCAGGAAAUCCACCCACGUUUCCAACAUCCCCUUCGCCCAAAAUUCUCUCACCACAGACGAGCAAAAAUGAGCAGCUCAACUACGUCGGAAGAGAAUUUCGAGUGGAUCGAGACGCCUCCGGCGCCCUCGCCAACAACCCCAAAGGUCGAUUGCGGGGUUAAGACGACUGCGUAUCCGGCCAUUGCCAACGCCCCAUUGCCCGCUGAUGGUCCCAGUGCCGAGCACUUCAACAAUACUCUUCUGAUCUCGCUCCUCACCCUCGUCCCAGGAUACAUCACCUGGAGCUUCGGCGGAGGCUUCAAGACAUGGGUCUUCUUCGCCCUCAUUGUCGAUCUCCCCAUCCUCGCCGCCUUCUGGAUCAUAACCUCUGAGAUUGCCCCCCGCAAGAAUGACAAGGCCAAGCUGCCCGGCAAGCCCAUUGAGUACUACCUCAAGUUCAACAAGGCCGAGGACCGCGACAGCUACUAUGGAAAGAACAAGAUCCCUCUAGAGACCUUCCAGGAGAUGUACUUUGACGGCGAUGUCGAGUUCAAGGGCGACUGCCUCGAGGUUCUUGAGAUGCGUCACGACUGGGCCAAGUUCCGCUUCACGUUCGGUCUGAUCAAACAUUUCUUGCUUGGCAUGAUUCCCGAAAUGAUCAUGCACACGCGCUCCCAGGAUGAGGAGCAGGUUCGCGACCACUACGACCGCGGCGAUGACUUUUACGCUUGGUUCCUCGGCCCACGCAUGAUCUACACCUCCGGUAUCAUCUCUGACAUCAACGUCGAGGAGUCUCUUGAACAGCUCCAGGACAACAAGCUGGCUAUUGUCUGCGAGAAGAUCGGCCUACAGAAGGGCGAGAAGAUGCUCGAUAUCGGCUGCGGAUGGGGCACUUUGACCAAAUUUGCCUCAGUCAAGCACGGUGCCCACGUUACCGGUGUCACUCUCGGCCGCAACCAGACUGCUUGGGGAAACAGCGGUCUCCGCAGGAACGGCAUUGGCGAGGAUCAGUCCAACAUUCUCUGCAUGGAUUACCGCGACAUCCCCGUGCCCGCAGGUGGCUAUAACAAAAUCACUUGCCUCGAGAUGGCUGAGCACGUCGGUGUCCGUCACUUCCCUGGCUUUGCCCGUCAAGUCUACGAAAUGCUUGAUGACGAUGGUGUCUUCUUCCUCCAGAUUGCUGGUCUCCGCAAAGCAUGGCAAUUCGAGGAUUUGACCUGGGGUCUGUUCAUGAACAAGUAUGUUUUCCCCGGUGCCGAUGCCUCCACCCCUCUUGGAUGGGUCGUCGACAAGCUUGAAGGCGCUGGUUUCGAAAUCAAGGGCAUCGAUACCGUUGGUGUACACUACUCUGCGACGCUCUGGAAGUGGUACCGCAACUGGGUCGGCAACAAGGAGAAGGUCAUUGCCAAGUAUGGCGACCGCUGGUACCGCAUCUGGGAAUACUUCCUCGCCAUUUCCACGAUUGCCUCGCGCCAGGGCACUGCCACUUGCUUCCAAAUUGUCAUGGUCAAGAAUCUGAACUCGACCCACCGUGUUGAGGGUAUCCACACUCAAUUCGGUCUGUCUGCUGCUUUGGAAUCCGCUAAGAAGAAGGGCAUCACCGGCUUGUAAGCACAAAGUACCCGAAUCGGCCUCUUGUUGAAAUCACGGAUCCCACCAAUCCCAACCGCACCCCCUGGAUGCUUCCCUGCGAGGAGAAGCUCAUACCAGACCCCCUCUAAAGGCCCUGCCUUGGAUCAGCGCCUUGCACGUCUAUAUAUCUGCAUGAUGUGUGAUAUACCAUGGCGGAACGUUUCUGACAUUGCAUCAUCUUAAUAAUGACGGUUUUGAGUCCAUAGUAUGAAUUAUGUCCUUUUCGAAUUUGGUCUUGCUUGUGACUUGGAUCUUUCAGUUUUGCGAGCACAUGUGUUUCCUCGCUUAUCCAACUACUCGGGUCUAAUAUCGU